AUGGUGGUCGGAGACGAUGAGACGACGAGCGUGGAGGCCGCGAGCCCGCUGGCGUCGGACCUCGACCAAGCCGCAGUCGACGAGGAGAUGGACGAGUAUGGCCGCGUGCGACUACCGGUUGGCUCCGCUCCCAUCGACAGCCAAGAGCAGAGAGACAACGCUAUGUGGAUCGCGCGAGAGAUCAAGCCCUUGCUGAAGCCGCACCAAGUCGAAGGCGUCCAGUUCCUGCACUCGCAUGUGACCGCAGGUCGAGGCUGUAUCCUGGCAGACUACAUGGGACUCGGCAAGACCCUGCAAGUCAUCACAGUUAUCUAUUCCUUCCUAGUGGACGAGCUCGAGGCGAGAAAGCGGCGUAGCAAAAAGAGGGACUCUCAGAAACCUCGUACGAACAAGAAGGAGCCGCAAGCAGCGGUAGAUCAACAAGAGAAGGCUCGCGAGGAGGUGGAGGAGCCACCGGCAACGGUGCUGGUGCUCUGUCCAGCCAUUUGCUUGCCGAAUUGGGACUCGGAGUUUAAAAAGUGGCUGGGUGCCGAAGCGCGCGAGCGCUGCCCCGUUGGUGCCGCCACUGCUGACCUUCUGACGGCAUACGCUGCGCUGCUACAGGUAAUGAACCACCCGGAUAUUAUUUAUUCCAAACUGUGUCCUUCGUUGGACGAUGGCUCUGCGUUGCUGCUGGAAGAUGACGAGGAGCCCAAUGACGAUCUGCUGCCGUUAGACGAUUCGAGUGGCUGGGCAUGGGAGAGUGAAGAGCGCUUGCAGGAGAAACGACAGAUUGCUGCGGCUCAAAGGCGUCGAAAGCGCCAAAAGCUCUCGGACACACAGAAAUCCUACGAGUGGGCACGCUCGGCAAUGCUUCAAGGCAGCGCAAAAGCAAACAGGAGAAACACGACGCCUGAAGGAGUCUUGGAACCAUCAACGCGAGCUUUGCCGAGCCCGUAUCACUUGGAAGUGCUGGAAAACAGUGGGAAGAUGGCUGUGCUCAUGCGCAUCGUGGAGGAAAGCUUUGCGUGCGGCGAUAAGGUGGUCGUGUUCUCUCAGAGCGUUCCUACGCUCAAAGUGAUUUCCGACUUCCUGCGCGCGAGCGCCUUCAGCCCAUCGCUCGCCGCGGACAACGCAGCCAAGUCUCGGAAGCAAGAAGGUGCGGCUAACAAAAUCAAGCGCCGCAGAAUCGCUGUGCGCCCGAAUCGUGACCCCGCUGGGAUUUUGCGCAAACGACGGAACCAAGCUGGCGCCAACGCCGCCGCCGCUCGGAAAUUCACUGCCACAGCUCCAAGUGUGGCAACAAACGAGUGGUUCUUACAAAUUGACGGCAGUACCAACGGCGCUAAGCGCAUGGAGUACAUCCAGCGCUUUAGCUCGGCUGAGUCGCCGGUCAAGCUGCUUUUGGUGUCUACGCGCGCUGGUGCAGAGGGUAUUAAUCUUCACGCGGCAAAUCGACUCGUGCUGUUCGACGUGAGCUGGAACCCUUCUAACGACCACCAGUCCAUGUGCCGUUCGCACCGCAUCGGCCAGGCCAAGACUGUGCACGUGUACAGACUAGUGAGCACGGGCACGAUGGAGCGCAUGAUCUACGAGCAGCAGAUCAAGAAGGUCGACCUGUCCAUCUCCGUGGUGGACAGCCACGAGGUUGGCGACCAGACGGAGCGCGGCUCUAGCGUGGCUGUCUCGGACACGGGCUCACCGGCCAAGGAGCCGUUCAGCGGGUUCCUGCAGCCGCCCACCGAGGCCGCCUACGACAAGGAGCUGGCGGUCGAGGACUCCAUGUUCGAAGGCGACAGCGUCUUGGCCUCGUGCGCCAAGCAGGUGGGUCGCUGGAUCGCUGACGUCCAUCGCGUGCACGAGCCCCUGGACGAUGACAAGCAGUCGGCGUAG